CACCAAAAAAUUGGCACUUCAAACAAUUCCAGUAGUAAAUCUGCAAAGUCCGUAUCUCUAAGGAUGAGUGGUGCAGAUAUUCGAGACGUUUUUGAGCUUCCUCCUCCAGGAACAGUGAAUAAGCAGAAGCCAAAAAAUCAAGGUGAAAGACGCCCGGAAGGAAUAUCUCGAGAGCUUUUCUCUUUGCUUGGUGAAAAUUCAGCGCCAUUAGCGAUUUACCAAAAGAAAUUCAAAGAAAAGCCAAAAAGUAACCAGAAAGCGAAAAAUUGGGUUUGGCAUCCAUUCAAAAACCCAGCCAGAGGAGAUGAUCUUACGUUACGCCAUUGGGUUUUGAAGUCAGAAGCAGAAUCGGAAGCUCCUUACAAAUUUGAAAAGUUCAAUACAGUCCUUUUCAUCCAGGACUAUACGGAUGAUGAAUAUCGUGAACUAUUGGAAGAUGUAGAUUGGUCAAAAGAAGAAACGGACUAUUUAUUUAAGCUAUGCAGAGAAUUCGAUCUUCGAUUCUUUGUAAUAGCUGAUCGCUAUCAAUGGGUAGGUAAAAAUCGUACACUGGAAGAUCUCAAAGAUCGUUUUUAUACUGUAUCUAGGAAGAUAUUGACCGCUCGGAAUCCCAUUAACGGGAUGACAGCCGCUCAAAGUUCUUUGCUUAAUAGUAUGGAGUAUAACAAGGAACAAGAAGUAAUUAGAAAGAAUUACCUUGUUGGUUUGGCUUCUAGAACACCUGAAGAAGUUGCUGAGGAAGAAGCUUUAUUUAUAGAGCUUAAGAGGAUUGAGUCUUUACAAUCUAAGCUCUUGAGUGAUCGAGAGGAAGUGCUUAAGCUGCUUGAUGAACAAAAGUCAACUGAGGACCUUAGGUCGUUUCAUACUAGUUCUGGAGUAAGUGGGUUGAUUCAAGACAUGGUUAAUGCUCGUCGAGUCACUAAACCAGAAGAUCCCGCUACUAACUAUUCGGCUCCAUCUUCUGGUGUCAGCAGUUCCGUCAGCACUCCAGGUCGUCCGUUUGCGUUGAAUGCUCUCAAAAUUAGAUACGGUCCGUCGCCCAAUGAUGCAAAAUCUGGUAUCUCAUGGCACGAAAAAUUACAUAGCGGUUGUUUCGUUCGAUCGCAAAAAGUUCCUGCCGUGAAAGCUUCAUUAGUUCAGAAAGUUCAUGCUACAAUGAACGAGUUGGGCGUGUCGUCUCGCUUGAUUAUGCCAACCGCGAAAGUGACUGAAAAAUACGUGGAAUUACAGAAUACUAUAGUUGUUCUUCUAGAACUAAAAAGACAGCUCGAUCGCUUUUCCCAAGAAUCGGACAUUCAAAGUCGACUGAAUGGUUCUAAGAAGAGACCUGCUCCACCGGAUGCGAUUGAAAACGGUUCAAAUAAAAAAGUAAACACUGGAUCGGGCAACACUUCCUGAAAAAAUCUGUAUAUUAAUAAUGUUUUGUAAUGAUGGUAAUCAAUACGACUUAGAAAAUUGAAGUUAUCAGUAUAUUUAUUGUUUCC